GUCUAACAAUUAUUUUUAUUUUAUUAUGGUAUAGCGUUGUGCGCGAUUGUGCAAAGUAAAACUGAUCGAGUUCAUAAUAUAUAGAUUUAAAAAAGUGGCUCAAACUUGGCCAUAGCCGUCGGGUCGAACGAUGAAUCCGAGGCCCGUACGUAAUUAUCAAGCGUUGAACACGCCGUCGAUGAAGCGGCCGGCGCUGGCCAUCAAGUCGAUCACCGGCCAGACCCAGUUCCUGGUGCCGGUGCCCCACUCGUCGACCAAGAGCAAACUGGUGAUGGUGCCCAAACAGCGCCUGCUACUCAACUAUAUCAAACCCCAAGUGCUCAAGAUACCCACCAUCACCACCAGCCAUUCCCAGGCCAUCAACAGCACGGGUGGCGCAGCCACUGGUGGCCAGCAAUCCAUUAGACAGUAUCAAUCGGUGGCCGCCACUGUUGCCCAACAGCUGCAGCAACAACACCAUCACAACACCCGAUGCCUACCGACCGCUAUAUCCGUGGCCACCAGCGCGACGACGACGGCUGAUGGCUCGGUGUCUGUGUCGGCCACGACGACCACCACUCACUCGCUGUUGGUCAGGUCGGCCGCUCACAAGAGUCCUAAAGUGCCACUCAUCAGGAGCUUAGCUAAUAAUGCCACGGCUGGUGGUGGCGGCCAACGGGUGACCGCAGUGGCCGCCGCUGUGGCCGCACCCAAACAGUUGACGGAUAAACAGUCCAAAGACUUGUUUAUGAUGACCUUAGGUUUGGUGACCAAAGAAUCGUUGGCCGAACUCCAGUCGCGUAAAUGCGAGCGCAAACGCCGCACGACAGCCAACCCUCAGUUCUCGUCGGCCGCACUCGAGGCCAAACGGAUCACCAAACUUGAGAUCGCCGAGCGUAAGGCCAAACGCCGACUACUCAACAACAUGGUAGACGUCAGCGGCGGUGGACUGUAUAUCGUGACCAAAAUCGGCAAACAAUUGUCGGCCAACUGUUUCGUGUGCGAAGAGCUGUGCGAAUGCGACUGCGAUUCCAUACUGUUUUGCAAGACAUGCAAAACCCUAUUCCACGCCACGUGCACCACAUCCCGGCGCGAGAUUGUCGACAAUCACGCGCUGCCCAAGUGUUUGAAGUGCGACGGCCAGCGGCGCCGCGCCGACGAGCUGUUGGCCCGCAAACGCGACGAUAGGGACAAUUUGGUGGUCAAGAAGAAGGAGUUCGAGGAUCAGCUCCAGCAGAUGAAGCGCGCCUUACAGCAGCUCAAGAUCAAGAUCAAA